GGGCGGACUUAAGGAAGACAUAGCAUUUGACCCGCCUUGCCAUCCACGAGCUGUAGGUCACUGAUACUAGUUGGAACAUUUGUUUGGUGCAUGACUAACAAUUGCCAGUGUGCCAUACAAGGUGACUACCACCAUACAACAUCCACGUGCAGAAAUGGCACUAAUUCUUGCAGCAUGCCUCACGAAGAACUCGUACCAGGAAGAGAAAUGUCAAUCCCAGAUCAAUGCCCUUUAUGAAUGUUGCAAUGCCUUUUACCAGGCGCGAGGAGAGGACGCAAAGACUCCAAGCUGUCCUAAGCCCAACUUGCUGCGUCUGAAGAUGAAGCAACGGGGCAUGGAGCCUUAGCUUGUCUUGGAGAGAAAUUCGUGUCUCAUCAGAGUUCUACGGAUCGUGUACAUACUACCAAUUAUACUGUCGAUAAUAGAGUAGAGACCAAAUCAUCAAGGCUCUUGACAAUGUGUCGAGUCGUUGCCGGAAAA